GGCGGGUCCUUUUGUAUGGAUCGACAUCUAUAGAUAGAGUCUAUUCUCAUCCUCGGGGAGGGUGAGGCAGUGUUGACAUCUUCACCAUGGCCAAUCCGUACACGAUCGAUGGCCUCUUCACCGAGACGGUCCACGCAGUCCCCGACUGCCUCGCCGUCGACCAUCCAGACGGCCCCCUCACGUACGCCCAGCUGGAUGGCGUCUCGACGACUCUGGCAGAGACCCUGCAGCAGCGCCACGGCGUAAAACACGGCGCUCUUGUGCUACUUGUGACCGGCCAUGGCAUCCGGAACGUCGUCGCCAUUCUCGCCAUCCUCAAGGCAGGCGGGUGUUAUAUCCCCAUUGACCGGGAGAAGGCCUCACCGGCGGCCCUGGAGGUCAUUCUGGACACUGUCGACGCUGCCCUGCUGCUGAACACGACGCGGGAGGUGUUUACGCAUCCAGACCCGACAGUUCCAGCUCUACACUUGACAGAGAUUCCACAUGGGAAUCCGGCGUCAGGCAUCACCCUCGCUCCCAGCAAUCCCCAAGAUGCAGCCUGCAUCAUCUUCACGAGCGGCAGCACCGGCAAGCCGAAAGGCGUGGUGAUCCCCCAUGAAGCUCUCGCAUACUACGCCAAAUGCGAGCCGUACAACAUGAACGUCCAGCCGGGCGAUCGAGUCUUACACAUUCUGAAUGUUGCCUUUGACGCCUGCUCUUGUAUUCUCUUCUCCACCAUCCUCAACGGAGGCACGCUCGUUCCCUCGUCGGCGGCACACAUGUUCGACCGCGCCGCCACCUGUACCAUCUUCGCCGCCACCCCGUCCAUUCUAGAGACCUUCCCGGCGCCAGACCAGCACCCAGCCCUCCACACGGUGCUUCUGGGCGGCGAGACCCCGUCACCGGCCCUCCUGACCACCUGGUUGGGCGCUGGGAUCCGCGUGCUGAACGGGUACGGCCCGACGGAAGCCGCCUCGGGAGGCGCCAUCCACACCGUGACGGAUCCGGCCCGCAACGCCAUCAUCGGCAUGCCGAUGCCGGAAUCUCCUGUCUUCUUGCUGGAUGCCGAGCUGAAUCCCAUCGUGGAAGACGGUGUCGACGGGGAGAUCGCCAUUGGCGGCCGCAGUCUCGCACAGGGAUACUACAAGGACCCUGUUCGCACGGCGGCCGCGUUCAUCACCCACCACGACGGCCAGCGCUUAUACCGGACCAACGACCAUGCCUGCUGGGUGACUACCGAGACGGGGCGGCGCGUGCUGGAGUUCCGUGGGCGGCACGACCGACAGGUCAAGAACCGCGGGUUCCUCGUCAAUCUGGAGGCGGAUGUCGAGGGCCCGAUUCUGGGUGCCGCGGGGGCAUCGUUUGGUGUCCGCCAGGCACAUGCGACGCUGUAUCGCAAACGCCUGGUGGUGGUGUGCUCGCCGGCGACAGUCGAUGCGGCAGGGUUACAGGCCUCGCUGGCGUCGCAGCUGUGUGCGUUCCGUGUGCCGGACCAGGUGGUUCCCAUCGACUCGCUGCCUCUGUCGCCGAACGGGAAGAUCAUCCCCUCAAGGAUACACGAGAUUCUCGCCGAGAAGGACAGGGUGAAUGCUGCCGAACAGGAGGAAGGGGAUGGCCGCUUCUCGGACCCCAUCACGCAGGCUGUGGCAGAGUGUAUGGCGGCCGUGCUGGAGCGCGACAUCGUCCAUGUCCAAGCUAACUUCUUCGGCCUCGGCGGCCAGUCGCUGGCAGCGUUGAAGCUGGUCUCGCGCUGUCGGGAACGCCGUCUCUCGCUCACCCUGGCGGAUGUGUAUCGCCUGCAGACUGUCGAGGAGAUUGCCCGGCAUUGUCGGGAGCAUCCACAAUCCCUCUGCAAAGAAGGUCAACGAGAGCAAGCAACACAGCAGUCAAAAGAUGAGCAAGAGCCAAUUCAGGCACCUCUGACCCGCCUCCAGCUUGAAUUCAUCCUCCCUACUAUCGAGUCCGACGGCGCCAACACGAAUCAGCUGGUGCUCACGUACAGCAGCCAGGAUGUCGAGGCCAUCACGGCCGCCUGGCAGCAUGUCCACGCCACAGAGCCGGUGUUUUCCACGCAGAUCCGACUCGACAUCGACCAGGGGGUCCAGGCGAUCCAUCCGGGCUCCUCGACGCUGCAUUCGACGUCUUUCACGAACCGGGAGCAGUACCUCCAGGCGGUGCAGUCCGUGCCGAUGGAGGUGGGAUUAGGGAGUCGGCUGGAUCUGAUUCAUUACUCAACACAGGCUUCAGAAGACUCGGAGCUGACCGUCGUCUUGACAAUCCACCAUGCUCUGAUGGAUGGAUACUCGGCCGGUCUUUUGCGUCGUAAAGUCUCGCGCCUCGCCCAGGGAGCCAGUCUGCCGCCUUCGCCUUCAUUCCUGACUGCCGCCCAGAGACUCAUCGCCAUACAGGAGGCGCGAGAUGCCGAGGCGCGCGCCUUUUGGGAGAGAUACCUCGAAGGAUACAGCGAGACAGAGAACGACACCAGGAGUGGCAAAGAAGAGACACUGGCCUUCUCCAUCGACACAUCCAUGGAACAGCUGCAGUGCUUCGCUGCCAAAACACACGUCUCCCUCGCCACGCUGUACUAUACCGCAUGGGCGCUGGCACUGUCUCAGCACGAAGACACCGACGAGAUCCUCGUCGGCGCAGUCUUUGCCGGCCACGAGAUCAUCGCGCCGUCAGCCGUGGAAGCCAUCGGCCCCUUACUAGCCACUCUGCCGCUGCGGGUGCGUCUAUCGGAUCCAGAUCUCUCUGUCGAAGGUCUGCUGCAGCAGACCAUGGCAGGGUUGGCAGAGUGCAGCCAGUACAUCUGGAGCCGACCAGACCAGAUCGCACGGCGGCCACGCAAUCUCCUGGCGAUGCAGUGCGAUCUGCCCGUGGAAGAGGGCGGCAUCGCCCCUGUAUCUGUGGGCGGGCGCGAACGGUCGAGCUUCGGCCUGAACCUGUUAGUUAAAGCCGGGGGGCAAUGCGAACUCUCUGGGCGGUAUCCCCCGGGGACUCUCUGCCGGCUGCGGGAUGCCUUCAAGACAGCCCUACAGGCGUUGCUGGACGAGGACACUGUAGGGGGCUCCCAGUCCCUGGCAGCAUCGGAGUCCCUGGAAUCAAUGCUCGACUAUUCCACAGUGACUGCUGCCUUUGCUGCUGCGGUGGCCCAGUAUGGCUCCUCCGUGGCCGUCGAGGAUACAGUCAACGGCCGGGCAUGCAUCACUUACACUGAGCUGAACCAGCGUGCCGCCUGCGUGGCCUCCAAACUGCGCCGCCAUGCCCCGGCCCUAGCCCCUAAGGCGACUGCUACAGCCCCUACAAACACCCCCGUGGUAGCCAUCUACGCCGACCGGUCCCUGGAGUGGAUUGUCGGCGUGCUGGGCAUCCUCCAGGCCGGGGCGGCGUAUUGUCCGCUGGACCCUGCCUGGCCCGAGGAACGUCGCCAGGCCGUCUGUCGACUUAGCGAGGCGUACGCAAUGCUGGUCCCGCGAGAGGAUCAGUUGGUUCAUGCCCAGGGUGUGGAUGUGCCGGUUAUAGUGAUUGACACUGACAUGCCUAUUGACACUGACAUGCCUAUUGAUACUGACACGCCUAUUGACACCGACACCGACACUGACACUGACACUGACACUCACACUGACACUAUUGAUGAUGCUGUCGACUCGAUGAUGUUUCUGGUCUUCACCUCCGGCACAACAGGACAGCCCAAAGGCGUCCCCGUCAGCCAUAGAGGCUUCCUUGCUCUCCAAUCCAACCCUGUUGCCCGGUUCUUUGUCGAACCAGGCCAUCGCAUCGCCCAGUUCAUGUCCCCCGCCUUUGACUGCUGUGCGAAUGAGAUAUUCUCUGCCCUCCUCCAUGGGGCGACACUGGUGCUCAUGGACCCUGACCAUCCGUACGCGCACCUCAAACACGUCGACAUCGCCAACCUCACACCGUCCGUCUUGGGGGUUCUGGAUGAGACGGAAUAUGGCAACAUCAAGAUUUUGUACUCUUCCGGCGAGGCCGUCACUCCAGGGCUGGUCACUCGAUUCGGACACAAUAGGCUCUUCUACAAUGGAUACGGGCCUGCAGAGUGCUCCGUCUUUGCUUCAUUUACACGUCUCCUCCCCGGAACGCCAGUGACGAUUGGCAACGGCACAGCCACAGUCCGUGUAUACGUCCUGGACGAGCAGAUGCAGCCCACAGCCGACGGGGAGAGCGGCGAGAUCUUCGUGGCGGGCGUGCAGGUCAUGGCCGGCUACGUCGGAGCCCCCCAGGAGACGGCGUACCGGCUGGGAAGCGACCCCUGGCACCCCGGCGAGGCCAUGUUCCGCACAGGCGACUACGGCCGCCGCCAGCCAGACUCCGGCGAGGUGGAAUACAUCGGGCGUGUCGACCGGAUGGUGAAGCUGCGCGGCACGCGCAUCCAGCUGCCCGCCGUGGAGCAGCAUCUGUACGACUGCGACGAGCGCAUCACCCUCGCCGCCGUGGCGGUGUUGAACGACGUGCUCGUCGCCUUCAUCACUCCCGGCGGCGUGGAUGUCGACGCCGUGCGUGCCCGUCUCGCGGGCCACGUCGUGCCCGGCUGGGUGCCGCAGAUCAUGCUCGCCGUCGACGAUCUGCCCAUGACAGUCAACAAGAAGAUCGACUACCGGCAGCUGCCGGCGUUGUUUGCCUCCAAAACGGCCCCUAGGAAUGACUGCGCCGAUAAGCCCUGCCUGCAGGACCCCCUGGAGCUGCAGAUCGCACAGGAAUGGCGCUCCCUGCUCAAGCUCGACGAGGAGGUCCCGCUCUUCGCCGACGACCACUUCUUCCAGCGCGGCGGCCACUCUGUGCUGCAGAUGCUGCUGGCUGCCCGGCUGGCCUCUUUGUUCGGCGUCGACGUCUCCACGCGAGACAUGGUGCUGAACCCCAUGCUGGCCGACCAGGCCAUCCUCAUCCGCCGGCUCCAAGGCUGUUCUGGUGAAAGGGAACAAGAAACACGGCCGGCAGAGGUUGAGGCCGUGCCCUGGACGCAGUGUACGGAGCUGGAGACCUAUGUCUGGGCGCAGUAUCAAGCCGCCACGGCGAGAUCAACCUUCAAUAUCCCCCUCGCGCUCGAGCUCACCGGCGCAGUCGACGUCGUCCGGCUGCAGCGCGCCGUCAACUCGGCGCUGGCGGCGCAUCCCGUGCUGCGAAGCAAUUUCAUCGCCGGUCAAGAAGACGGCGGCGUCCCUCUCCAACGCGUGCUGCGCCGGGAAUCUCCCCGUGUGCAGCUGGUCGACGAUCUGGACCUGACGGCCGAGAUCAACCGGCCGUUCGACCUCGCCGCCGACGAGCUGAUCCGCAUCUACCUGUGCCAGGCGGACCAGCGGGUGAUUCUGCUGAUCAUCACGACGCACGUCCUGACCGACCGCUUGGGGCUCCAGGCUCUCCUGCAAGACGUGACGGCAGCGUAUCUCAACCCGCUCCCCCCGGCCCCCGACACCACCCUCGUCCAUCUGCAGUCGCCCAUCUGGAAGCGGCGCAUCACCGCCGACGAGGCCCAGUUCUGGCGCCAGACAUUGUCGGGGAUCCCCCGCUCGCUGAACCUGCACCGGCGCUCCUCGUCCGCCCGCUUCGAGGGCUCGUCGCACUGGCAGCGUCUCUCGGGCGCACACAUCGCCCGGCUCUCACAGCGCGCGCGCACCCUCGGCGUCACAAAACACCAGGUUGGCCUCGCCGCCGCCGCCCUCGCCCUCUCCUGGCUGACAGGCAGCCCGGACGUCGUGCUCGGGUGUCCCUGGGACAACCGACCGUCCGCCGCCGAACGGGGCUCGGCCGCCCAGUUCCUCGACCGACUGCCUGUUCGCAUCCCGCGCGGGCGAGCAAGUGAUGCCUGCAGCGAGAUCCUCCUUCACGCGCGCCAGGCGAGCCAGAACGCCGUGGCGCAUGCCGUGCGCUUCUCGCAGAUCCUCGAGCUACUAGACCAGCACGAUUCUCCCGGCACAGGCAGGGCACAGCACCAUCCCGUCUUCGAGUGCGUGGUGACCUUCCAUCUGCGCCAUGGCUGGUCCCAGCACCUCUCUCUCCCGGGCUGCACCGUCACCGAGCACCCGCUGGCCGCGCGCGGAGCCAAGUUCCUCCUCGUGCUGGAGUGGACGGAGCUGGCGGACGAGGAGUGGAUGCUGCGCAUUGAAUACGACCACUCGCAGCUGGCGUGGGCGACCAUCGAGGCCCUGAGCGCCGGCAUUCGCGAGAUCGUCGCCGGUCUCGCCGAGGGGGCUUCGCGGGCGGAGAUUCAGGGCCGCUUGGAGGGUUUGGAACGAAGUAAUUACCCUAAUCUAAGCCUUAAUUUCUAUAUAAGAUAG